AUGAUUGACAAUUGUUUAUAUGUUUAUAACUUAACGAAGAACACAAGUGUAGAACAUUUGAAAGAAAUAUUUAUGAAUUUUGGAAAAUUAAUUGAUAUAAAUUACGUAUUAAAUGAUGAUAAUUUAAGCAAAGAAGAAAAUGAUAAUUUAGUUUAUGCUAAAAUCGAAUUUGAAAACCCCAAUGAUGCAAAAACUGCAAUAGAGUAUAUGGACGGGGGCCAAAUCGAUGGAAAAACUAUAUCAAUAAAACAUGAACAUGAAAUAACUUCAAAAAAUAACAAUAACAGAGUUAGUAAAGAAAGAAAUGAAAAAGACGGCAGUUAUAAAUAUAGCGAUUCGCGCUCUAGUUCAUCCAAUAGUUCAAAAAACAAAUCGAAUACGUCACAAAUCAAAAAAAAAAAUAAAAGUAAAAAAAAACAAAAAAAAUAUAAAUAA